AUGGACGAGAUAAACAACAACAACAACAACAACAACAAUAACAACAACAAUGACAACAAUUUCAACAACAACAACAACAAUAUCGUUGUGCUGCACAAUAGCUUGGUGCUGCGGAUCAUUGACAUUGCUUGGCGCCAGUCUGAGCAAUUUGGAAGAGUCAGAAGGAUACAUAGGUGGCGAUUAUCACUCUCGCAGAUCAACUCCAAGCAUCUUACCUCGUCUGUGGCCAUCCACAAAAAUCACUGGUCACCAAGCAAUCGCUUCUCAUCCUGCCAAGGCCCCAUCCAAUCACUCUCCGUCCCUGAUGUCGUGUGUUGGCGUAGUGGGCCGUACGCCCUCUAUGACCAAUUCCUCACGGACAACGCGCCCACCCUACAGCACCUGAAGGGCAAAGUCAAAGACAUCCGACACAUCGUCAACACCAAGGGUGCCAAGUCCGUCACAUCAUUGUAUAUCUUUGCAGAUGGUUAUGAACACGAUGACCAAGUCGAAACCUCUGGCGCGAACGACACUCACCUGCAGUUGGAUCACUUGGCGUCGCUGACAAUCCAUGGGUAUAGUGGAGAUGGUAUCGUUAUCACUCGCCACUAUGUUCGCGCACCUUGGGCGACCACCAUCAAGCUCAAACUGUUUGACGAUCAUACCGAUUCACCAUUUGGUAGAAUGCUUGUCUACGAUGGACAGUCGUUCAGUGAUGUGAUCAACAACAACAUGCCAGCAUUGACCACACUGGUGUUGGAUGUGAUGUUCAGUCCAGGUGACUGGGACAGGUACUUUCAUCAAGGCAUUCCAUGGCUCCCGACACUUCUCAACAGCAAGCAUUCAUUACGAACACUCAAACUAAGUCCUCCACUGCGCGGCGAUACCCUGGAGUAUCUGUUGCAAUCGCCCGACUGCAGGAUCACAACAAUGUCGCUCCGCCUCCUGAUUGGUGAGCCGAUCGUGGCCAUCACCCGGCGCGACAUUGACACGUUCAAGUUCGUCCUUGAUGACGAGAUAACCGAAAGAAUUGAGCCAGGCGACCUGGAUGCGUUCCUUCCCAGUCUGGACAAUGUCAGGUGCAUCAAGGGUCCGAUACACUUUGAAGGCAUCGAACGAAUGUUCUCGUUGGUAUCCCGUCCGACCACCAUCUGGACGAGAACACCACCAUUCAAUACAUUCACAACUACGAGGUCUCCACCUGCACCUUUGAGAGCAAAUACCAAACCUUCCACGAUGAGGACAGUGUCGAUCAUGCCAAACUUCAAGAGUUCAACAACUUUGUGGACAACCAUCCAAGCAUCGUCAACAAGUCGUCGUGGCACUGGCCGCAUCCCAGGCACUACGCCACCAGAGUCAAGAAAUAAUAACAACAAACACUAG